GAACAAUGCAUCACAUACACAAGGAUGACAGAAAGGAUAAUUGCGCAUUUAAUUUGUCAUUUACAUAACCGAUUCACGAGGGGCCUUGAAUUCCAACGUAUAUGUCGGAUUUGCGUAUUCCUUUUUCUUCCAUAACUUGCUUGUUUGCGCCAGAGCCAGCUAACGCGAGUACGCGUUUAUGUAUCAACUUGAAAUGGACCCAUCCAGAACACAUUAAUGUGUAACCAUUCAUGUAUAGGGCUUAAUCAGUGUGCACAUGAUCGAAGCACGCAUUGGCAGCAGGUGUCUAAAUGUAUUUACUAGCAGCGCGCCGACAGCUCCUUUGCUCAGAAAAUUCUAGUCAUGCACACAACAGCGUACUUAUGCCAGUAAUUCCUCCAAGACACCGAAAACGAAACUAUUUCGUGCCGCCAGAGGUGCCUACACAAAUUGUCGAACCACAAUGGCUGCCAUUACAAGAAUAUUGCGUACAACCUGGACUUACUAGCAUUGGAGGCCGCUUACUAAUUUCUACUUUAUGGUGAAUGUGCUGCGCAUUCCAUGUCAAUUUUUAAGAAAUCAUGCUGGUGAUAUAGUUGCUAGAGUUUAAAUUCGCAGCAAACUCUAGGAAGGCUCAGCGCUGCCCGACAACCGGGUGACGGUGAAGUGCAAUACAGUACUCUCGAUGGGCUUAUAAAAUGUAUGUAAACAUUUACGCUAACGUCACAGACUAUGCUGCAGAACCUUCCGCGCCUGCACAGAGCCAGAAAGAAGAAUGCAGUGUGUGUGGGGAAGGCCAUGUGACUGCAGCGUGCCCACUUUUGGGCCUGGCCCAGAAAGUGGAUGACAAGUCUGUGCCAUCGCGGGCACGCCUCUCACUGCCACCGACAUUGGCUCUGGCUGAAAAUGCAGAGUGUGGCCCUCGUGUUACAGCCCGUGAGGACAUUCCGGUGGGAACUCAGUUUGGGCCUGUUGAAGCCCCCCGUUACCGUGCUUUCAAAGGCAGGCCACGCUUCAGGCUCAAGGUGUUUCCAACCAAGGGUCGUGCCACUUGUCUCGACACAUCGGACGAGUAUCAGUGCAACUGGAUGUGCUUUGUGGAGCCUGCAUCAGAGCCAUCGGUGCAAAAUCUCAUUGCUUACCAACUAGGUCAAGACAUCUACUUCAGCGUGCAGAAGCCAAUUAAGGCGGGUGAUGCACUGUACGUGGGCUAUGCACCACCAUAUGGUCGCAAGAUGGCUGGUCCUACUGAAGAACUUCCAUCACAGUACACAGCAUCUGCGCCUGCACAGCCAGGGGGCCCACCAGCUAAAAGAAAGAGGGGGAGGCCACCCAGAAAUGUCUCAAUGGCACGCCCCACAAAAGUCACCAUCAUACCACAGGUUGAUCCUGGACAAGCUGUUUUGACUGGUGACUCGCCAGCAGAUGGCACAGUCAGCCUGGAAGCGGCCUCAAGUGUGGUCUCCUCACACGAUCGUCAGCAGUGGACUUGCUCGCAGUGCGGCCGCCUGUACAGAGACAGUGUGCAGUUUGCCCGUCAUCUGCAAGACCAUUACCGGCCAGCCUAUCUGCGGGAACUCAUGGGUAGGCAGCGCGAGGGAGGCCGACCCCAUGCCAUCCGUGGGCGUGGAAGACCAAGGUCGCAGCCGUUGGCGCUGCAGACCGGCCAGGUUGUGGUUAUGACAAGUUCUGGAGACACUUCAAAUGCAGUGCCGUUGGGAGCAAUUACUGAGGAGGCAAGUGGAGCCCUCCUAAUUCAAGGUGACGCAGUGGACCAGACGACAAACCAGAAUGGCGCUGUGAUUGAUGACAAGGAGUCCCGGGAGAAGGAUACAUUGGAAGAAGGAAACCGCACACAGCUUCUCAUCCAGCUACAGGAUGGCUCCAUUCAUGAGAUACUGGCCUAUGAUGGGAAUCUCAACCUGCCGGCCACCGCAGCCAUCGUUGAGGGGCAGCAGCCAGGUGAAGGUAUUCAACUAGUUGAAGACAGCUCCUGUGCAGCAGCUCCAGCAACCACCAUGACUUUGACAACUCUCGAUCAGCUGUCGUUGCGUCAGUUCCCACAGGAGGCAGUGGUGGCUGUGCCAAGUGGUGAGCCUGCCAUACAGCGGCAGCGGCAACAGCAGCCAGCUAUUGUUGUCAGACGUGGUCGAAAGCCAAAGGCAAGUGGGGCAACCACUCGCGAGUCAGGCGCCAUGGCCGCACGAAGGUUUGAAGAAGUAGAACGGCAGUCAGCUGGCAAGUACAACCUGAGAACAACGCGCAAGGCCCUUGUCGUUGAUGAGGGUAAUGACGAGGACUCUGAUUACGAAGGGGAUGACUACUCGGACUACGAAAGUGGCUACGAUGGCAAGUAUGCCUCUGGUUUUGAAUCAGAUUCCCAGCUGCCCAGUGGCCAAGUUGCUGGAAAUGAACUCAUAGGUCCUCGCAUCGCAACAACAGCUGAAGGGGAGCCCACAGCCCCAAACAGUCAAGCCCUGGCCAGUGACGUUCCCAAGGAACUGCAUGUAGCUGUGGAGAUGUUGACCUCAUUGCCUUGCCAGUCUAAUGACCAACCAAUGGACAUAAGUGAUGGCUCCAGUGUACCAGUCCAGUCUUCGGAGGACACACAGCAGAAACAACAGGAGCUGUCAGCUGCGGUUGCUGAAAGCCUUGGCACAGCCUCUGAGGCAAUGGCCACAGAGCCUGUCGAUGCAUAUGCAACUGAAAGCACGGAGGUUCAAGAGGAAGGGGGCCAGGUGGUGGAAAAGUUCUACAGAAGUGUGGAGCAGGUGCGACUUGACCGGCCCAAGAGGCCGGGCUGUUUCUCGUGCGACCUGUGCGGCAAGGGCUUCAACCAGACGCUGUACCUGUUUCGCCACAUUCGCAAGCACACUGGCGAGUUCACCUGCCACCGGUGCAAUAGAGUGUUUGCACGCAAAGAGAACCUGCAGAACCAUGCCUGUUCCGGGCGAUCGAUGGACCGGUCAGAGUUGCCAUGUACUGUGUGUGGCAAGACUUUUGGCACAGACCGACUGCUGCGCCGGCACAUGGCAAAGCACACAGGGCAGCACAUGUGCCCUGACUGUGGCAAGAGCUACACUACCAGGGAGAUCCUGGCAAACCACGCUUGCCCGCAGCGGCCUAAAGUGGAGAGGUUCAGCUGUGGUGUGUGUGGCAAGGCAUUCACACGGCAUGGCUACCUGCUGAAGCACCUGCCUGUGCACACGGGACAACACGCGUGCCCCGUGUGUGGCAAGUGGUUGCGCUCGCUUGACUCGCUCGCCAACCACAUGCGCCUCUGCACUCAAGUACAAGAAAUACAGCUGCAUGGGCAGGCAGCCUGCUCACACUGCCAGAAGGUGUUCACCAAUGCAGCUGAAUUUCGACGACACCAGUAUGAGCACACGCAUGUACACCAGUGUGAAGUGUGUGGGGGUCGCUUCCGCAACCCCACACUGCUUGCAGCACAUGUGUGCCAAGGGAAGCCAGUGGAGUGCGAGGCCUGCGGUGAAGUCUUUCAAUCUGUUGCCGCCCGUGACCAGCAUCAGUCUGCUACGCAUGGAGAGCCACAGUUCAAGUGCGAGACAUGUGGCAAGGGCUUCUUCAAGCAGGAGACACUGUCCGAGCACCCAUGUGUCAACAUACUCGAUGCCACUAGUACUGAGUCAGGAUCACGCAAGCGGGACACUAACCUAACCCCACUGGUGUGCGAGAUAUGUGGCUCAACCUUCUCUUCAACGAGCAGCCUCAACGUUCACAAGACCCUUCAUGGAGAGAAGCGGUUCCAGUGCGACGUUUGUGGCAAACGCUUCCAUCGUAAAGAUCUCUUGUUGGAGCACCAUGCAGUACAUGGUGAUCCCACGUACCCAUGUCCAACGUGCCAAAAACUUUUCAAGACUAAGAAGUCCCUCGAUGUGCACAUGAUGAUCCACAGUGGUGUCAAGAGGUUCAAGUGUGGUGUCUGUGGCAAGGAGUUCUUCCAAAAGGGCAACCUCCAGAAGCACGAGGAUACGCACCUGAGUGAGAGGCGGCACCGCUGCACGGUUUGCCAGAAGGUGUUCACUACGCGAGAGUCACUGGCUCGCCACAUGCUGGAGCACUCCCGAGGCAAGAUCUUCACCUGUGGUGUCUGCGGGCGGGCCUUUGUUAAGGAGCACCAGCUGCGUAGCCACCACCGCAUGUUCCACUCAAACCAGGUGUACACAUGUUGCUACUGUGGCCUCAGCCUCAAGCUGCGCCACUCUCUGAAGCGGCACCUGCGCAAGAAGCACCCCGAAGAGGAGACCCAGUGGUCCAACCCCGAUACGCUUAGCGCCAUGCUCGUCUCUAAGGCUCUCGGGAACACAGGGCUCGAAUCAGACAUGGGCCUGGACGCGGAUGCCACUGUUGAGAGUCUUCAGCAUGCUGCAGAGACAGCUACCAAUCCAACAGUGACCAGCUUUGAAGUGGCUUUCGAAGGCACAAACAUUACUGCUGCCAUGUCCGGUGUUGGCACCGACAUUGUGCAGGACACUACGGAAUCCCUUGUGGCCAAUGUAAUGGGUGAACAUGGCAGCUCAGAGGUUCUCUUGGCAGUUGAAGGCCUUAGCAGUGAGGAACUUCGUGAGGCAAUUGCCAGUGGUCGGGCCCAGAUAAAGCAGGGGCCCACGCCAGACACUAUUGAGAUCUCUAUGCCUUUUGAUGUGACAGAUGAAGCUGGCAGGCAGGUGACAUACAUGGCUAACCUGGUGGACCCUACGGACCAAGUGGUGGUCAAGGAUGAGACAUCUGUAAUCAUGGAGAAUGUACUUGAGGAAGAGUCUGUGCUGAAUCAAGCUGCGUCCAGCCAGUAUGUUGUCUCCACUGGUGUGUCUGAGUUGACUGAAACAGUGGUUGCUACGGGAACCGUGGCAGAGGACCAUGCCGCCAUCCAAUCUCUGCAGGACGAUUCAUCUUCACAGAUGCAGAACAUGGUGGUGCAGGAAGCGGCUGACACAAGUUCAGAGCCACGCUAUGUCACCCUGCCUACAUACGAGACAGAAGCAGCAGCACCAGAUGAUCAGCAGACGGUGGCACUCGAGGCUGCAGAUGGUGGAGUGACAGGAGCAACAGCUGGAGUGACUGCACCUUCUGAUCUGCCAGCUGACCUCUCCUAUGAGGAGCCUCAGUUUGUGGUCACUGAGCAAGAAGUUGCUGAUGGUGAUCAUGUUGUCUACGAAACUGGCCAGCUCCAAGAACAAGCAGCCAUACCCCAAGGCACAAUUGUUCUCGAUGAUGGUACCAUACUGCAACAAGAGGAACAGCAGGGUGGUUCUACUGACCUUCUGCUUUACGUUCUCACUACCAGUGACACCCAGGAUGACUGAUCCAAGAUGAGAUCAGUGACCAGCGUAGGCGCAAAGUUGUGUAACAAUGGCAUUGAACUGAGGCCUGUGCGUAAAGUACAAUGUUGUAAUGCAAGUCAUGGCAGACUUGUAUGACCACAGACAUGAUUGCAUGCUGCUUUCCAACCUGUGAUUGGCCACAAGUGGAUGUUUCGCACUUUUAAAGGAAUGUGUACAGUCAUUAGUGGGUAAACAAUGUUACGCUGGUUGACAGGUGUCACUGGCACAAAUGUUGCUUAAUGCCUGGAUCAAUUACUUUUAUUUGGUGACAUUGUUUGUGAUAAGGUCGAAUGGCAUAGUAUUAUAUACAGGGUGUUUCUUCUUUAGCUGUGUCAAAUUUUGAAUAAAGGAGUUCUUGCGGGAGCUAUGGGAACCAUUGUUGCACCUUCACGGGCUCGCUGAAAUUGAAACUGAUGGGGAAAAAGAGUGCACAUGACAUUGGUCUCGCUACCCAGACCUUUUGUCACUCUGCAGCCGUCACCUGUGACAUGCUACUGUAGGAAGCUGGCACAUUGUAGCAGGCAUUUCUCACUUUUUCUGGCAGCAAGCAGCCCACUGUUUUCCAGUGGUGGUGAACGCUGACAGCUGAAAAAUGUGCUGUGGCACAAAAGUGGUGCACAACGAAACAAUGAGGUAGAUUUGGCACCGCACCAACAUCGAGAUGUUAUGUUGCCACAGCAAGUAGAAAAGUGACAAAAGCAGACUGCAAGGAAUUGGCUCACAGGAUCGUGCCAAUGGUGACUGUGGCGACUUGACAAUAGGCAGCCCCCCACCCCCUGGGUGACAAGAUUUGACGUGAUACGUACUUUAUUCCCAGUCACAACAUUUCUGUGUCACUGAGUCUGCAAAGGUGAAAUAAUUGCCCACACAGCUCGCACAAAAUCAUUCAAUUUUAGAUUGUAUCAUCUGGCAAAACAAUGUCAAGGGUGAGCCUUUCAAUGGCUCAAAUGGCCAUGUAAGACUAAAAACUAACUGUUCAUUACACACAUAACUGCGCAAACGUAUAACCAGAAACAACAAAUAUUGACACUAAAAUGGUAAGUGUGAGGCCACUAACUUAUAUUCCCUUAAUUUUAAGAGUUUAGUACAGCUAAAGGAAACCACCCUUUGUAUAUAUUACGACAGGGCAUUCCCAUAAUGGCCGUUAAAGAUUUCCAAGGAGAGUGCAGUAAGAAUGAAUCUAUUUCUUCGUGAUACAUCACUAAUGCCAGUGCAUAACAGAAAUUGGUGCCUCUUAACAUUGCCCUGAAGACUGUCGUGAACCAUUUUUAUGAAACAACGUGUUAAAGGGGCCCUGAAACACUUUUUGAACAUGCUAGUAAGAAAACGUUGCCGAUCUGUACUGCGCGCUUUUAGUAGGCAAUAAUCCAAACGCGCCGCCGUUCCCUGCUGCAGGUGGUGCGAUGUGGGCAUCGUGUUUCGCUUCGGUGGCAUCCGGCGUCGCCCACCAACUAGAUUUCGUUUCGGUUUCCCGUCGCCCUCUUAAAACACCACGCAAUGGGAAAACAACAGAACGCGCCUCGGGCCGCCGGAGCACCACCAGCUCGACGCGCGUCGGCGUCUCGUGCCGCAAUGAUCUGCGUGACGCUUCACAUUAUGUAGAUGUCAACAAUAGUUGAGUCUGUCAAAUUUUUUUAGUUACUUCAGAUUGUACGUUUUCCAGGUUAGUACGCUCUUUAGCGUUCUUUUUUUUUUUCAAUACCUAUGAACGAGG